CCCUUGCAUAAAAGAAACACCCCCCAUUCACAAGCUCUCUUCCCAAACCCAAACCAUACACUUUCCUUCUCCUCCACACAUAACAUACCAAACACAAACACACACAUUUACUUUCACUCCCUGCUAGCCCUUCUUUCCUCCUCAUCAGUGCUCCAAAUACACAACGCUCACACAACACGUACGCGGAGUAAAUGAGCCCAUCCAGUCCAUUGUCCUUCCCUUCCUUCAUUCCUUAGUAACCCCCAUUAAUACCCUGCAGAAACCCUUUGAGCCUCUCUUCCUCUCUCUCUCUCUCUGAAGUGAGAAAAAUGUCCUACAUCUUGUGGAAGAACAUCCACCGUUGCUUCCCUGGGUUCAAGUGCCUCCCUCCUCUUCCUUCACCACCAUUACCCUCGAAGCAUCAAGAGCAUGAUGACCAUCACAACCACGACUCGUCAUCCUCGUCGCCCGUUUCCACUAGCACCGCCACGCCAACUUCGGUCCUGGCCAAGAACUUCAACUCCAUCUACGACCUCACCUCGGAUCAGUCUACCACCUCCCACUCCAACUCCAAGUCCUUCACGCCCUCCACCGUCACCGACGACCUCCUCUCGUCCUCGGACGACUCCGACGCCGCCCACUCGCCGCCCGACUUCGCCGCCGUCUACGCCUCGCAGCGCUUCUUCUUCUCCUCCCCCGGCUGCUCCAACUCGAUCAUCGAGUCCGCCGCGGCCGCCGCGACUGCCGCCGCUUCCGAGGCCGAGGCCAAGGCCGAAACCCUAGCAGGGGCCGGCGGGGUCGCGGUGCACAAGUACUCACCCGACCCGUAUUUGGACUUUAGGAGAUCAAUGCAAGAGAUGGUUGAGGCGAGGGAUUUGAAGGAUGUGAGGGGUGAUUGGGAAUACUUGCAUGAGUUGCUCUUGUGUUACCUCAGGCUCAACCCUAAGCACACCCACAAGUUCAUCAUUAAUGCUUUCACCGACCUCAUCAUCGGCUUGAUGGCCCGGCCGGAGGCCGAUAAGAGCUCAAAAGCAGGGCGGCGGCGUAGGCAGCGCGGUGGUUCGAUGGGGUAAACAACACUUACAAUGCCGACAUUAUUAAGGAAAACAAAGAAAUUGAGAAAAGGGUAAACUUUGGGUAGUUCUGUUUUUUGGAUGGUUUCUUUCAUGGAUUGAUCUUGUCUGUUGUGUAAAGCGAUGCCCCAUCCAUGAAGACAAAAGAGCAAAUUACUUGGAAUUUAGCAGUCCAAGGAAGCGUGGGAUGUUAAUGUCUCGAUGCAUGUUUUAUUAUCUCUCCAAUUUUCCUAUGUUAUCUGCCCUAUGUUUAUAUGUAAAAUCUUAAAUGUGUUGGAAAGACAAAACUGUAAUAUCUCUCAUUGUGUCCGGCCAAAAGACAAAAUCAUCGUGUUGUUAUUCUUA